AUGCCUACUCUCGAUGUCAGCGAGUUGAACGUUGUUAUCGCCGUUUUGGUACCGGCUGUGAUGCUGGGGAUCAUACUUGGGCCGAUAGCAGCAAAAUUUCUAGACGCAGAACGGUGGGGGUCUGGUGUUGAGGGCCAGCAGGAGGCUAUCACGCUGGUGUACAACUGGUAA